AAGCGGUGGUCCCCAGCUAAUGACCCUGUAGUUAGAAAACAAGGGACCGGCGCAGGUGCUACAUGCUUAGAGCACAGCAGCAGCAGAACAUCAGCCUGUAUAAAUAAAAGUCCACUAAACCUUAUAAAUGACUACUUAGCUUCAAAUCAAUUAAUUUUUACAAAACACUGUAAAAAAUCUUUGACUAAGUCAAGGAAAAGAAAGUGAUUAUGGUUGCAAUUUUUGUACACCUUUUUGUAAGGGGUGGAGGGGGGGCAGAAUUAAAACAAAUAAAUAAAUACAUAAACAAAUACACACAUUCGGUGGUAAAUAAAUAUGUUCAGAACCCUGUAUGUUUUAUUCUGUGUACAUAUUCCUCCAGGAACCUCUGAAUUACGAGAUUGUUUAAGAGUAAUUAUGAGAAUAAUCCUUAAACUCAUGCCACAGCGCACUAAACUGACGUCACAGCACAGCGCCUCAGAACACCAGCGAACUCCGGUUGGAAGCCACUGUCCACACUGAGGCGAACUGAGCGGACUGAGGAGCUUCAGGAUGGAACACUCUUGCGGAGCAGCUGCUAAAACCCUGCAGCAGAUCCAGGAGAGCUGUGAUGAUCCAGGAGAGAGUGAUGAGGACUGCAGCUUGUCCUCAGAAGGGAGCAGUGAGGAGAGUGAGGAGGAAUUCAGUGAUUCUCCUGAGGAUGUUUGUGAAGAAAAUGAGGAGAACAUUGCACCUGCAAGGAAAAAAGCAAGGAGUCAGCCAACACUGUCCUGGAAGACAGAAAGAGAUGACGAUGUCGCUCCACCACCACUGCGCUUUCUUCCUGCAAGGGAGCCUGGUGUGCAGCUGAGCUCAGGGGACAAUCACACUCCUCUGGACCUCUUCAAGCUCUUCUUUUCAGAGGAGGCUGUGGAAACCCUCUGCAGAAACACCAACAAGCAAGCUGCCAAGAAUGUAGCCGGAGGGGUUAAGUACAAAUGGACAGAUUUGGGACCGGAAGAAUUUUACAGAUACGUUGGACUGACCUUCUACAUGGCCAUGAUCAAACUGGAUCAGAUCACAGACUACUGGCGGAAAAACAGCAUUUUUACCAUCCCCUUCCCGACACAGGUGAUGUCAAGGGACAGAUACCGGUUUAUAUCCUGGAAUAUACACAUGAGUGACCCAGAUGAGGACCCAGCGAAUGAUGCCAAGAAGGGAACCUCAGAGUACGACAGACUUUUCCAGGUCAAACCACUCAUGAGCACCAUUCAGAGUGCCUGUAAUUCAUACUAUCAUCCCCGCAGGAAUCUUGCUGUGGAUAACCGUAUGAACGAGAAACUUAGAAAGUUGGGGUUCAGGAUGUUUGUGCUCUCAGACUCCAGCAAUGGGUACACUGUAGAGUUUUCUGUCAACACCAUACGAAACUUGUACGAAGACCAGGAACUCUUGUAUGAGUGUGUCAUGUCACUGAUUAACAAAAGGUAUCUGGGGUCUGGGUACCACGUGUAUAUGGACAGUUUAUUCACAAGCCCGAAGCUCUUUAAGGACUUAAUUACAUGUAAGAUUGGUGCUUGUGGAAUGUACAGAGAGUCCAUCAGAGACUGUCCACACGAUGCUGACAAUGCGCUGACCAGGACCUCACCUAGAGGAAAGUACCGCUGGAUAAGGGAUGGUUCUCUUCUCUUUGUGAAGUGGAUGGACAAACACGAGGUGUCUGUCUGUUCCACUAUCCAUCGAGCCUUUACUGGAGAUACGGUACAGAGAAAAGUAAAAUCCAAAAAGCUUGUCUACACCACACAGUCCAUUCCAUGUCCUUCACCAGUGAUGGAGUACAACAAGGUCAUGGGGGGUGUGGGUUUGUCCAACCAGCUGAUCCAGUAUUACACAGCACAGCACAAAACUUUGAAGUGGUACAGGAAGCUCUUUUUCUACUUUUUGGACAUUGCUGCAACCAAUUCCUACAUUCUCCACAAAGAACUGCACCAGGACAGCAGAACCUACAAGGCCUUCAUGGAGGAGCUCACUACUCAGCUGUGUGGUGUGAAACAGAAGAAAGGUGUUCAUGUGCCAGUUACUGCAGCUGACCAAGUCACUGAUCCCAAGGUGAAGAUGACAAACCUCCGCAGGACCUGUGUAUAUUGCCGGACGUAUAGAGGAACGAAAGCAAAAACCUACUGGAUGUGCAAAGAAUGUGAUCUGUACCUUUGCCUUUUACCAGAAAGAAACUGUUUUUACGCCUGGCAUUCUGAUUAGGACUGAUAACUUACAGCUUAUUUUUUACUCUUCAAUAAUUUAUUGUUUGUACUUUUCUACUAUUCAUUAAUGUCCAUUGCAUGUGUUGGUUUCUAUACAGCAUUUUCUAAUAAUCUGGGGAAAGGCUUUUAUUGUUCUUGUUAGGGGUGGGCGAUAUGGCCCUAAAAUAAUAUCACGAUAUUUCAUGGUAUUAUCACAAUAACGAUACUCUUGGCGAUAUGACAAAAGAAUAAAAAAUACACUACUGCAACAAAACAAAACUUACAUUUUAUUAUUGUAUAAGAUAUGAUAUUGCACACCUCUAACUGAGAUAUUUAAAAAAAAAUCCAGAAUUUUUGCAUAUUUGUAACAGAAGUCAAUGAUUCAGAAUGUAAUGAUACUAAUAAUAACGCACUCCAAAUAUCUCCAUAUAUCCAAGAUUUAAGUAAAAUAAGUGAUACUGGACAGAUAUUAUCUGUCUCUAUUAGAUAUUUAAUCGGAAGUGACAAAUGUGUGAAUUUGUCUUUUGCUUAAACCAGCAAAAAAAAGUAGUACCCUAAUGUGAUAUUUAGGGGUGAGUUUUAUGGUACGAUAUUUCAGGGUAUAAUAUCGUUCACAAUAUUCAAAAAUGUUGGCAAUAUUAUCACAUACGAUAUGAUCUGGCACACCUCUAGUUCUUGUUGUUAUUAUUAUUAUGAAAAAUAAUAAUGAGAACAGAGUAGGACACAAAUACAUACAGACUAAUGGCCAUUACAUUAUAUUAGAUUGUGCAUUUACACUUACUUCACCAGCAUUAAUUGUGUAAACUCCUGACUUUGAAAAGUGACUUAAGUAGAAGUUAAAGUGUUGAAGCUCCAUACUUAAGUAAGAGUACUAAAGUAUUGCAAUAGUUUAUUGUAAAAUGUACUACUCAAGUACUGAAAGUAAAAGUUUAGUACUAGACACAGUGACAAGUAUUGAAAAUUAGCGGUUGUGAUAAAUUACCAAGCUAUGGUUUGCUCACCAGUCCAUCUGUCGAACUCGCUGCAAAUAUUUACCCUCAUUUUACACUUACAUCUAUUGGUAGAAAAAUUUUAGACAUGCAGCUGCCAGGAAAAAGACAAAGAGGAAGACUAAAGAGGAGAUAUAUGGACACAGUUAGAGAGGACAUGGAGGUAGCUGUUGUGAGGACAGAGGACAAAGAAGACAGAGGUAGAUGGUGGAAGACGACUCGCUGUGGCAACCCCCGAAAGAAAAAAAAGAAGAUGAUGUUACACUUACAUCUCUGGUCGUAGAGCUUUUUAGACAAGUACUAAGUUUUUCAGACUGUGUGAAACCUAAUGCUGCUUCUGCUAAAACUACCAUGGCUGCAACAAACUGCCAGUUUUUGUGUUCUACUGUAUACCUGGCAACCUGAGGUUUAGAAAUUGGGCUGAAAGAAAUGCAGUGGGCCGGUUCAGAAGCUAAAACCCACACAGAUUCCUGUGAUGCAAAACAUCACAACAAAUAAAAUACUAAACUUUUUACUGCACUUGAUUUCUUUUUUGAAAAACAAUACGGGUUGUAUUUUGUCUUGGAGCAGUGUGGAAUUCGCACCAAAAUUAAACGUAAUAGCUGUUCAAUCAGAAACCAGUCAGAGUAAAACUCAGUAAGGGGAAGCGCCACGACACAGACCUUUGCUUAGUGGUGGACUAAACAAUAACACACAAACAAUAAUGUAUAAUAUGGACAUCAAUCACUUGAAAAUAUUUGUUUAUAAUUGCUUUAAUCGCAACACUAUUCUGUGAUUAAUCAUAAUUAAACGCACGAUUAGAUUUUUAGGCAUAUCUCAGGAUAGUUUUAAAGACUUUUUAACAUGCUGAGUUUAAUUGUGAACUUGAAUAAAGAAAAGAAAUGCUAGUGUAGCUGCAUAUUCUACCUUCAUCAACCUAAAGCUGUGUAUGUGUGAGUGUGUGUGUUUGAGAGAGAGAAAGAGUGAGAUAGAGAGAGAAAGAGUGUCUGAGAGUCUUCAGCACAGUGACUUUGGUUCAUAGGUAGCUUGCUGGAUUAGCGUUAUUGUUAACCGGGCACAGCACAAGUGGGUUUAAACCGAUACAACCUGUGAAACCUGUGGAUCGAUAGUAAAAUCAUAUUUAUGUACUGUAGUAAAAUUUGUGAUGCAUUUUUAAUGAAAUGCUUCAUAAUGUACGUAAAUCUAUAGAGACGUCUCUGACUGCUCCUGUGGAUGAGUCUGGUCUGAGAUACAGGUAGGUUGCUCUUGCAGAGCCAGAUGUGCAUGGAUGAAGACAUAGCUAGAGCAUUUAAUCAUGUGACGCAUACUGAUUCUAGGAGAUAUAACACUGGCUUCUCCUUACGAAUCCUUAGUGAACCAAGGUCAUGUAGACACGCCAUUGAAUGAUUCAGUGGAAGUGCUAUUUUGAGGUAUGAGCAUUGCACAUCUGUAUCACAAUGCCCACUAAAGUAGGCCUAAGUGUAGGAGGUUUCGACUAACACUAAUUUGUGCAUGGAAUUGUGUGGUGUGUGUUACCUGCUCGGGUUUCAGCUGCUCCCAGUACAGAACAUGGUAUUUCAGCACCAUCUUAGAGCUCAUGAUAGACUCUGAUAUGAUUAGGAUUAUUAUAUCCCUGUGUACCCUUAUGUCCACUCUGCUGGGAGGCCCAAGUAGCACUGCAACAAUCAGAUAAAACAGCACCAUUACCGUCUUAACCUUUUCACAGUCUUAUUAAUCAUGUUAGGUAAGUUUUCUUGUGUUUACAUGCACUUAACCAUCCAAUCAUAUUCCAGCCAAUCCACCUUAUUCUGUGUGAUGUGGAGGAGGGGUGAAACAGAGAGGACAGAUGAGGAACGAGUCUCAAUAUGUGCUUUCUUAAUCAGCCUUUUUUUAUCUGUACUGGAAAGCACCCUACACAUCUACACCCUGGGACUCUUUUGCCUUUUUACUGUAUAUACUGUUCAUUUGCAUCCCUGGACACUUGGCACUUUACUGUACACUCUGUACCUUUUCACUCCUGGACACUUUACUGUACAUCCUGUACUUUUGCACUCCUGGACACUACACUACGCACCUUACUUAAAUACAAUACUUGCACAGGUUUAUGUUUAAUAUUGUCAUAUCUGCUGAUACCUUCUAUACUUAAAUUAUUAUUUUACUGCACUACCUCAUAUCUAUGACUGAUUACUUUCACACUUGCAUAGUUUUUUUGUAUUUAUAUAUUUAUGUAUAUAUUUUUAAGUCUCAGUUUAUAAUUUUAUAGUUUAGAGUCUUAUAUUCCUCACUGUGCUCUUUUAUUUUAUUUUAUAAUACUUAUUGUUUGUUUCUACUGUGUACUGUUUGUUUCGACUGUGUUGUGUAACUGCUACUGGCUGCUAAAUUUCCUUCGGGAUCAAUAAAGUAUCUAUCUAUCUAUC